CAGCUAUUUUGUUAGGUUAGAACUUGACUCCUUAGAAUGUACGCAGACCAAAAUUCGAAUUGUAAUCAACGAAAUUCAGGCACCGAAAUGCCAACUUUGGAAUAUUCGGACGCACUUUCACUACAGGGAAUAUCUUCGUGGAAAAACGUGCCCAACUGUACACUAUGUCCAUAUUUUUCGACUUCCUUUUUUCUUAUGGUGAACCACGUGAGGCGACACCGCUCAUCUCUGGAAAAAUUUAAGUGCGAAAACGGCAAACUUGAGUGGUAUUACUGUAAAGACUGCAAUUUUAAAACGGAACUAACGGUUGUGUUCAAACAACACAUUGAUAAACAUCACAGCGUUAAAAGAAAAUCUGGCGAAGAUGUAUCGAGUGAGGAUUUGUGCAUUCAGACGUACUUUUGCGAGUGUGAUUUCAGAACAAAUUCGUUGUUAAAGUGUCUUCAGCAUACUUCAGCAUGCCCAGGAGAGAAGAAGAACGAAGAGAGAUUCGUAUUUUCUUCCAAUUUUACACAAACGGAUUUAUAUAAUUUAAAACGUCGUGUAGAAAAUACGGUCCAACAAGAUGUUACAUGGCACGAAUGCAAAGAUUGUCCAUUUAAAACUAGGUGUAAAAGAAAUUUAGAAAUCCACGUGAGUGAAAAACAUCAACAAAAAAAAAUUGAUUGGUUGGAAUGUAAAAAUUGCCCAUACAAAACCCAAUGGGUGUUGCAUUUACAAAAUCAUAUAAUUGAUAAACAUACUAAAGGAGAAGAAAUGAAGUGGUACGAAUGUGACAGCUGUUCGUAUAAAAGUAAAAAAAAAUACACUUUAAAAGUACAUGUAAAAGUCCACCAUUCAGAUGCCGAAGUGUUUGAGUGCAAAUAUUGUCCGUACAAGACUAAAUUGAACCAUCGUUUAAACGAUCACCUCUACAAACGCCAUUUGGGUGAAAGCGAUCUUAAAUGGUACGAAUGUAAUCAGUGCCCAUUCAAAGCUAAACGCAAAUUUCAUUUAGAAAGACACAUAGAUCGUAUGCAUUCAGACGAACACGGUUCCGAAUGGUACGAGUGUGAAAAAUGCCCAUUUCGAGCUAAAUUCAAGCCCCAUUUAAGAAAGCACAUAAAUACCGUGCACUGGAACGACGAAGACGCUAAAUGGUACGAAUGCGAUCAAUGCCCGUUCAAAACUAAACGCAAACCAAAUUUAAACAAACACAUAAACCAUACCCAUUUAGACCAACAAGAUGCCAAAUGGUACGAGUGUGAAAAAUGCCCAUUUAGAACCAAAUUCAAAGCCCAUUUAAAACGACACACAAACGACGUGCACUUGAACGACGAAGAAGUUAAAUGGUACAAAUGCAAUCAGUGCCAAUUUAAAACUAAACGCAGAUCGGAGUUAAAAAAUCACAUAAAUCGUAAUCAUUUAGACGAACAAGAUAUCGAAUGGCACACGUGCGAAAAAUGCCCAUUUAGGUCUAAAUUCAAAGGUCAUUUAAAAAAGCACAUGAAAACCGUGCACUCGAACGACGAAGACGUUAAAUGGCACGAAUGCAAAGAGUGUUCGUUCAAAACUAAGUAUAAAAUGAAUUUGAAAGUACACGUGAAUAUAAAACAUCUAAACGAGGAAAAUAUCAAGUGGCACGAAUGCGACAAGUGCUCAUUCAAAACCAAACGCUUGUCGUAUUUAAAAAAACAUGUGGCUUAUCGACAUUUGGAUGAAGAGGUUCAGUGGUACGAAUGUGCGGCGUGUUCGUAUAAAACUAAAACGAAGGGUAAUUUGAAAACGCACAUCACUCUGCGCCAUUUAGAGGUUAAAUCGUUUCAGUGCCAAUAUUGCCCGUAUAAGGCUAAACUGAAAAGUUAUUUAAAGUGUCACGUGAAGCAGUGUCAUCCAGAUGGAAAGCGUGUUAAAUGGUACGAGUGUGAAGAGUGUUCUUUCAAAACUAGAACUAGUUCGUCUUUAAAGAAGCACAUGAGGGUUAAGCAUUGAUCCAAAUAUUGUUCUUAUAGCAGUGAAUUGAAAAUGGAUUAAGAAGGUGUGGAAUUGUACAAAAGUGUAUUGAAGAUAUUUUUGUACAAACUAUUAGGUUAUGCCACAUGAAAAGUUCCAAGUUAAUAAACUGUAACGUAAAGAGAAUUGAUUUAAUAUAGAAGGAGCAACGAGGGUCGAGCUAGAACUAAAAUUUGUUGUUAUUUAUCUUCAUUUUGGUUAUGCAACCAAGUAUACACAAAAAUUGCCUUAACUGUAUUUUUUGUUAAAUGUCAUCUACAAUAACCGUCAGUUAAUAUUUUGUUGUUUUUCUUUUUGCCUUUUUAUUUUAAUAUGUGUAGACUUUUUGCAUAAUAUGAAGUUUAAAAUGGAAAAUUUGUAUAAGGAAAUAUCGAUUUUGCAAUUAGGCUCCGAAUGUUUGAAGUUUUUUGUUGUGAAAAGAAGGCUAUCUGUGUUAAG